AUGCACCGCCCACUCAUUCGGCGAUCCAUUCUAAAUGUGAAUGCCAAUUCAAAGACAGCAGUUUGUCUCUAUCGUCAGCCCAAUGAAAGCAGCACCCUCAGGCGGACGUGCGCUGCGUACGUGCACUGUGGGCACAAAUCAGUGGACAGUGAACAGCCAAAUGUCUGGUUCUUAGAAUAUUGCCAGCAGCCCAGUUUGAGGGAGUAUGCAGUCAAGAUGGCACAGUCGGCAACAACAUCUCGGCUGCUGAACAUUCGCCUGUCCAGGGAGGACACUUCAAUACCUUGGGGAUUUCGCCUCGAAGGUGGAGUGGACAUUGGUCAUGCGAUAAAUAUCAUACGCGUUAAUCCUGGUGGUGUGGCCGAUUAUUGUGGACUAAGAGCCGGAGACCAUGUGAUAAGAAUUAACAAAUCGGAAACUCAAUGGAUGCGUCACGAAGAUGCCAAGAUGGAGAUAAUUCGAUCCGGAAACGAUCUCGAAAUGUUGAUCGAACGUGAGCCGGUCCAUCUGAAACAGAUAUCAACUCCUACGAGCAGCGAAUUUAACAAAGUCACACCGAGUAAAGUUUACUCGACUGGAGCAGUUUGGCAGCCGAAAUUGGUGAGCAGCGGUGGUUAUGGUGGCAACGGAACCGUCGGAACUCGAACUAAUCUGGAGGCUACGUCACAUAAUUUCGAUCAAGGGAUUGGGGUCAGUCACAACGUGUCUCCGGUGCCAUUUGGGCAGGCUCCACCAAAACCGGGUGAGUCACUCAUUGCUCAAGGAACAGACGGCAGAUUUCACCAAAUUAAACAUUCAGCUUACAACUCCCCUAUGGGCCUAUAUGCCAAACGGAAUAUGAAUGAGACGUUUGAAAGAACCGUUCAAUCGGUUUCCAAUAGACCAACGUCUCAUCCUAGUACAGGAGCCAUACCGCGAAGUGAAGUGGCGACCAAAUUCUGUGGCUGCUGUGGGGAAUUUAUUCGUGAUGUAUUUGUUAAAGUGCAGGGUCGGAUCCCAAUGCAUCCGGAGUGUCUAAAAUGUUGCAAAUGUGGUAUUGGGUUACGCAACGUUGGUUAUUUCUACAUCAAUGAAAAAUUGUACUGUGAGCGACAUGCUAAACAAGCUGCCCCUCCCCCAGAACCGGGAAUGAGACCUGUUGUGGUAUAUAAAUGAUGAGGGAAUAACCGGUAGAAGCGAAAGAUGCUACCAUUGCAAAUACCCACACAUUCAGCGCGUCGGUCUAUUUUCGCACUUUUUUCAUUUCUCCCAUGCGCACUUUGUCUUACGACUGCCAUCCCAUCGCUCUCAGAUGCCUAUCGGGUAUGUGGCCAACAGCAUCUGAUCAUUCACUAGUAACUUCUGGACUUGAAGGGUGAGUCAGCAGUUGGUUAGCAACCAAAAACAGAUUAUCAUGUUGCCAUUUCAUUCGUUCACUCAGUCACUGAGGCUUAGUUCAGCUUCUGUUUGACACAACGCAGAUGAUUUUGCUGGCACUGUCUCGCAAAGUUGGUAUUCAUUCAUGGUAAAUCAAUACAAUAGUAUUUUCGGU